AUGCGGAAGAUUUUAGAAGAUAUCUUGGGACAAGACAAAGGGAAGUCACAUAGAGAAAAAGAAAAUGAAGAUAGUGAUCCACACAGAGAACAAGAGCAUCAUAUCCAUAAACAAGAGAAUAACCUAAAAGAUAUGCAAAAUAGUGAAUCUGGUUCACACAUCGAACAUGAUCCUAUCUUAAGCCAACCGACCCAACAGAGUAAAGAAACACACAUCUCGCUGGAGGACACACAAAAUGAGGAAGAGGAGAAUAAAAAAAAGCUGGAAGAAUUGGCUAAAGAAAGGGAGAAGGAAGAAGAGGAACAAAAAAAGCGCAAAAUGCGGGAAAAACAAAGAAAGAAAGAGGAGGCACAAAGAAACCGUGAAUUACUGGAGCAACAAAAAAGAGAAGAAGAGGAAAAAAGACAACGUUCUAUGGAAAUACAACAAAGGGAACAAGAAGAACGUGAAGCGUAUCGUCAACGGGUUUGGAGUCGGUAUAACCUCGAAAAGCUGACUACAUGUAAAAAAUUUACCACUAUACUUCGGAGAUUGUGGGCGAGUGUACCUCCGGGGCUCAAUAUAAAACAAAGACCUCAUUAUGCUCCAUUCUCAAAGUAUCAAAGUUUAACUAGUGAUUCAAUUAAAAAGGGUCUUGAUUUUGGUUUUUAUAGUCUUACUCGUAUUGUAACUGGUGAUUCCAUUCAUCCAUGUACUUUUCUCCAAAAUUUAGAAGAUUAUAGAUCAGAUGUGUCUGAUUUUGAAGAAUUUGGUUUCGAAGUCACUAAGUUAAGGGAGAUUUUAAGCGCUCGUGAAGAUAUAGCAGAUGACAUGAACGAAUUAGAGGCCAAAAAAGGGAGGCAAAAGAGAUUGAAUCUCGUAAACGCCCAAAGAAGAAACCAGCCGUUACCUUCAUCAAUACAGCUAUUCUUUGAUGAAAAAAUAGAAGAAGCAUCCAUUGUAUUUCCUUCAGCACCAGCAGCAUCUCUACCUAAGCUUUGCAGUUUGGGUCUUUUGUCAAAUGGUUGUUUUGAUCGGAUUUUAGUCGGUAAUGUUUUAGAUUUAUGUGAUCCGGUUGUAAUAGUUUUGGGUUAUUCAUACUUGGCAACUGUGUCGGUCUUGUAUUGGUAUGCCGAGAGAAGUAAUAAUUUGAUCGAGAAAAGAGAAAACCAUGAAACAAGCUUCCCAAGAUUCAUGAGGUGGAGUCCACAUAAAAUAUCAGGAAGUAUCCAGACUUUUAAGAGUUCUUCUUUUAGAAAUAUCAAGUCAAAUUUUGGUUCUCAAGUGGAAAAUGAUUUGGAGAAAACCAUGAUAACUCCAUUUUACAUGAAAUCACAAGUGGAAAAGCUCCAAGAGAAGAUCACAGAGCUUCAAAAUGAGGUAAAUGAUCAACGACAAAAACAAAUGGUUGUAAAUGUAAAGCUGUGUGAGAUCCAGGAGUCUCUAAAUGAGGAUCCGGAAGGUAUGGAAGUUGUGAGGAAGAUUUUGGAAGAUCUCUUGAAACAAAGCAAAGAACAGCCACAGAGAGAACAAGAAAAAGAAGAUAGUCAUCCACACACAGAGAAGGAGCAUUCCAAUAUAUAUGGAUCACAAAAUGCACAGCAUCCUAACUCAAGGCAACCAGCACAAGGAAAUAAUGAUACAAAUCAGCAUCACCAGAAUAACCAACAAAAUGAACCACACCUGCAGCAGGAAAAUAACCAGAAAAAGAGGGAUUUUUUAGACACGGAGUUGGGAAAAACAAAAAAAGAAGAGGACGAACGAGUAAAGCAGGAUCUGUUAGCCAAAGAGUUGGCUAGAAAGGAGAAGGAAGAGAAGGAACAAAAAAUUCGUGAAAUGCAUGAAAAACGAAUAAAGGAAGAGGAACAAGUAAAGCAGGAAAAGUUAGCGAAAGAAGAGUUGGAUAGAAAAGAGGAAGAGGAACAAAAACUACGUGAAAUACUGGAAAAGCAAAAUGAGAAAGAGGAACGAGUAAAGCAGGAUCUGUUAGCGAAAAAAGAGUUGGCUGGAAAAGAGGAAGAGGAACAAAAACAACGUUAA